AAUGACCAAACCCCGCGGAUUUAUAAAAAGCGCUCCUUAGUUUACUCGCCCUUCAGUUAGCUUGCCUCCUCCAGCUCCAUCAGUCUUCAUGUCCACUAUGCGGGAGGCAUUUGUUUCAAUACUGCUGCUAGUCGCCGCCGCGAACUGCUCAGAGCUCGGGAAAGACGUCAAUUACUAUAAAGAUUAUCUGCGUGCGCGCUCCGACGAGGUGCCCGAAGGCCCUGCGAUGGCGGAUCGGCUUUAUUUCUAUCGGACACCGCUGCAGCUGUACCCAGGGUUAUUGCCGGCAUUGGAACAGGAGUAUAGGAAGAGGACAGGAAAUGUAUUCAAAAAUCAUAUGCUAAAUAAGGACUCGUUGCUGGAAGGGCUGAUACCUGAGAAGCGAAGCUCGAAAACUGCCUUGUCGGCGAUGCUACAGGGGAAACAUGCUUUGCCCACAAUAGAGUAUGAUCAAGGUGAGGAUCACGAUCAGGACAACACGGAUUUUAUAGUAGAAUAAGACAUAGUUAUAUAAUGACCUACUAAGUAUUACAUGUUGUGUUGUGUUGUGUUAAGUUAUAAUCAAAAUAAUGUUUUAA